UAAGAUAUAUCAAAUCUUACAAAAUAUUUUCUUCUCAUGUUUAAUAAUUCAUUUUUCUCUCUGCGCUAUGAAUAUCAAACUGUAAUAAUAUACGUUCUUUACAAUAUAUGUUUUAAUAUUUAAUUUAUUUUAUAUUUAUGUGUAUGUGUAUGUAUUAGUAUCGUUGAUUAAAUAUUUGGAUCCUUGGAUGAUGAGGCCCCGAAACUCGAUAGGCACGGCACUGUUUCGAGAUGUUCAUGGCUGGUUCGUGAUUCGUAUCCGUGCUCCGUGUGACAGACGACGACACGUCGAAGAAACGACAGGUGAUGAGCAGGCCUUUGCGCGAGUUGUCAAUUGUCGCAUUAAAAAUAUCCAUACAUCUCGCAGUCACGUCAAAGACAUCGAGGAAGGAAAGGGUUAUGAGGCACUUACGACAUCGCAGUAGUCGCGCUGUUAGACGAUAUUUUUGCAUUAUUUCCAAUAUUUUCAGCAGAGUGGAUCAUUAUGGCGGAGAAGUGCAAGGAAUGUGGUUGUAAGUGCGGCACUUACAGCCAAGAUAAUCAACAAAACUGUGAUAUGCAUUUGCAUGUGGAGAUAGAGAAUCUGCGCCAGUGCCUACUUGAGAGAGACAACCAUAUUGUGACAAUGGAGACACAAUUUUUAAAUGAGGCUGAUAAAUUUCCAAAUGGAGAACUGGCUUCCAUGAAGGAGGAAUUGUUGAUAUGGCAAGAAAAAUAUUCACGCCUGCAUGAAGCGCACAAAAGAAUUCAAAAGGUUAAUCAAAAUUUGGAGGAUAAACUGCUACGGAUUGUAGAUAAAUGUGAGACAGAGAAAAGUACCUUCACAAAGGACAUAGCAACUCUGUCUCAUAGAUUAGCAGAUGCAAAUUAUACAAUUCAUCAAUUAACUCAAGAUAAUGAAAAAUAUAGAAACGACGUUAAUUUAGCUAUUCAAUUAUUACAAUGUAAACCUUCCAAUUUUGUAGGUCAAAAAUACGAUUCGCUGCCUUCUGAGGUACAAGCUAAAGUGCGAACAUACGUCGCGCAGAAGCGAUGCUCUACGCAGGAUGUAACGCAGCCAGAUGUGAAGAGCAUUACCGUGCCGAUAUCCACAUUUCCGCCGACAGCUAUGGUGUAUAAUAUCACGAAACCUACAGUAGAAAAACAUAGUGAUGACGAUAGUGACGAAAUGAAGCCGCCGAUGGAUGUCGUAUCGGCAACCAUUAUGGCGAAAGUGCUGGAAGAUCGCGAGAAGGAAAGAAUUUUUGCCAAACACUGCAAUACAUGCACAUGUCACAGGAGCAUCCUCAUGGUGAAUGCUGAGACGCAAACAUGUGUGCCUGAUAUGUUUUCCUUCUCCGAUGGACAUACGCGCAGCAUUGAAAAGCAAGCAUUAGAAGGUAUAGCGAAUGGUGAGAAGCAUCAAAGCAAAGGUAAAGUUCAAUCAAAUCUUGCAUCGCAUGCGAUUUUCUACGAGAUCAACCAGAAUAGUGAUAAGAUCUGUCAUCACUCGAAUGAUGAUUACACUAUAUUCGUUUCUCAAGCUCCGAGUAUCAAAGAGAAGUUUAUCAGCAGGACCAUGCAAGAUUACAUGACAGAGGAAAAUUAUGCCACUACAAAGAUAAAUUCAAACAAGAACUCAUCCCAGAAUCACGAAAGUAAGUACUCGUCAUCCUCGUUUUCGAGAUCAAACGAUCUCAAUAGAAUAAACGACAAGGCGUCCAAAGCACUUAGUGGCAAUAACAGGAAAUGCGAUUCACCAAUCGAUACUAAAUCCACCACGAAAUGUUGGAAUAAGGACGAAGAAAACUGUUUUGAUCUUCUUCUCGAUACUAGAUCGACGCAUGUCGACAAUCGGCUCUUCAAUAAAGAACAGACACAUAUCGACAUUAUCAAUGACAGGCUGUGGAAGAACGAAUGGACGAAAUUAAAGGUCUCUGAAAAUAAUGCCUUGAUAGAGAAUAAAAGCAAAGCGAAUCGCGAUAUCGAUAUCAUUAAUGAUCGCGAUUGGAAGAAUGAUAGGUCAGCGGAGGCACGAAAUGCACUUGCGCAAUUCACUUUGAUCGAAGUUAAAAGUCCAGACAAUAGCGCAGCAAAUCACAAUGAUGGUAGUCAAAUGGAAAUAGCGACUAGCCCGAGCUUCAGCAGCGACAGCAUGGUCAUUUCCAGUUCCGAUCCAUCUAGUAGUUGCAGCGAUGUCGCGCAAUCGUUGACCGGUGGCGCCUUUAACUCUAGCACCAAGUCUAACUCGAGUCGCUUGAUAGGCCCGCGGAAUUGUCUGAUGCGCGUCACGCCUGGCUCUAAAAACAUUUUAUUGGACAACGCCGGUCACUUUAAGAGUGUAUUGUAUAGCAACGGUAGCGGCAAGGCCAGCACUGCAUUGGUACAUGCGAAAAAAGCAUCUCGGGCCGGUUCCGAGCAUUCCACGUCUACCAAUAGCGAGGACAAUUCACCGCCAGUGUUGCUGCAGGACAAUCAAUUGCAACGAGUGGCCGAAUGGGUCCAGUCGUCCAUUGAUGUCAGUCGUCAAUCCGCGUCGGACAAUAGCAAUAAAACUAAAUGCGAAGAGAAUAUCACGAGUGACGUCUAUCCAAACAAUUCUUUGAAGAAAUGCAAGUCUUCGAAGCAGGAUGGAACCUUGGCUUACAAGGUUCGAGACGCAUCAAAAAAAUCUUCGAUAAAUAUUGAAGAUUCUAUCGAAAGGGUUAUAGAAAACGAACCCAAUAAUAUUAAUAUCUUGUCAAAGCGCAUAGAACAGGACGAGAGUGAAAAUCUCAUAACUUUCGAUGUGCUGGAUGAGCGAUCAUCAAAGGAAUGUCAUAAAAAUUUAGAUUAUGAGGUAAAAAUCACGAAGGAGAUGGAGGAGACAUAUUUGAAGCUGGCGGCAAGCUUGGAUCCAGUAGCACUGAGCUUGUCGAAUGCCAAUGAGGCCGAAUUGACGAUCGAAAAAUAUAGAAAGGAUUAUAAGAGGCUUCAUGUGCAAAGAUUUCAUGAUAAGGCAGAUUCAAAAGCUUAAUCUCAGCGAAUUAUUCAUUCAAAGACAACAAAAUUGACUAUAUCAAGCAGGGAGUUCCUUUAAAGAUAUAACAGAGCGUUAUUUUUUGUAACUAUAUUAAAGUAAGGCUGUACCAAAAGAGACGAGUUGCUUAAGAGAAAAAAAUCCUACGCGACAGCAAGCAAAUCGAUUUUAUUUGCAUUUGUGAGCGAGAUAAGUUGAGAUUUUAAGCUUAAAGUCUAUGCAAAAUAUAUAUAAAUUUAAAGGACAAAAUUUGAAGAUAAAAUUAAAUGCAACACGGUAAUAUGAUUAUAAAUUACGUAAUUAAUAAUUGAAGGACUUUGAGGUAAUAACGUACGCGCUGAAUCAGAUAAAAACUGUCAUUAUUUUUAGAUAUGAAUGCGUUGUUUUUAUCAAUAAUUCAAUAUCAUAAAUCAAUAUUCUUUUUUUCGCUUAUUUCAGAUCGAUUUAAAAAUAAAUUUAAAAGACAGGAAUGUGUAUUAAAUCUCAAUAUUGAGAUUCAAUAUACAUCAGUAUUGUUAUUCGUGAGUCUGCGUUUAUUCGGCUGUGAAAUUUUUUCCACAUGUCUUAGGAUAUAUUGAUUAAUAAUCAAUCAGUCUCAUAAUAUACGUAAGUAUAUUUUUGUCAAUUUUAUUUAAAAAAAUUAAUCUUAUUAAUUUAUUUAAUCUCGAAAAUUGUAAAUUAAUAAAAUAUUUAAACGAUUAUUAUAGCAAAUGAUAUUGAGGCAUAUCGUGUUGCAGCAAACUUUACUACUGGAUAUGAAAUCCAUAUUUAUUCUAUUUGUGUGAAAAUGCAAUCAAUGAUUGGUCAGUGGAAAUAUUUAAUUGUAUUUCAUUUUAAUGAUUCUGACGUGGAGAUAUAUGAAUAUAUAAUACAUAUAUUUUUUUUUGUCUUGCAAUGUAAGCAUACACAUUAAAAAUAUAAAAAACGACAAUAUUAUAAUUAACUUAUGAACAAAUAUUAUUCCAUGAAAUUAUUUUAUAAAAUUCAUCAAUGAUGGUUAAUUUCAUACAUAUAUUAAGUAUCUAUAUAUAUAUAUAUAUAUAUAUUACACCAAAGCUAGAUCACUUGAGAUAAGGAUAUUUUAAUCCUUUGCAUUUAGAAUUAUUCUUGCUAUGACAGUAACAAUUAAUCAAGUUGAAUCAAAUUGAGUCUUGCAUCGCAAAUGUAUGCAAACAUUAAUAUUUAAACAAUUAAGACUUCAGCUUUCAUAUAAUAUCAUAGUAAGGUCUCUUGUGCAAUAUUGCUAUAAAUAUGAUAUAAGAAUGCAAAGGAUUAAAUGACAUCAGUUCUUUUCCAUUUAAUGAUGCCAUGAAUACAUAAUUUGAUUAUUUAUUGUGUAACAUUAUACUGAUAAUAUAAUUUCAUAAAUAUAACUAUGUGCUCUGUUUUAUUUGCCAUAUAGAAAAAUUGUAUUGAGUUUACACAAAAAUUAUAAAAAAAAAUAAUUGUCUUGUUAUAAAAUAAUGAUAUAUUGAAUUCAAAGAAUUAAGAAAUUUGCUAUUUUACAUAAGUUAAACUGAGUUAUUCUACAGAGUUAAUGUACAGAGUGAAAAUCGCUUCCAUUUUAGCAAUCUCAGUCAUUGUAUCCUUAUCAAUAUAUUAUAUGCUCCACAAAAAUGUUUUGUGAUAGUCCAAUAAAAACAUUUGUCUGAUUUAAAUUUGUCAUUAGUACAUUUAAUGAUUUGACUUAUGUUGAUCAUCAAUCAUUAUUAUUAAUCAGUAAUUAAUAAUUAAUUUUUUUAUCAAAAUCUAUAUUUUAUAUUAUAGUAAAGAGUGAAAUUUAAUUAUAAAAUUGCGCAAAAAAAGAAGAAUGCUCUUUCAAUAUAUCUAUUCUAUUAAAUGAAUUUCGAUUA